GGAUCCGCGGCGCUGAAAACUUUGCGGGCAGCGCAGUCGGCAGCGGCGCGGGUAACGCUGAGUGUUCAGCGCUCAGCACCGGGAACCGGAGCCAGCGGGGCCCCGCAUCCUACUGGGCACCGCCCAGCCCCGCAGGGCGGGGGUACCGCGGCCCUUGCGUGGCCAUGCGCGCCUGCUGAGCCGCAGCGGAGGCAACCGCCCUACAGUUCGCUCCCGUCCGCGAGUUUGAUUUUAUCUUUUAUUUAUUGCAUUUUAGAGCUUGUUUUAUUUUUUUUCCUGUUUGUUUGGUUUUUGCCUUUUUUUUCCCCGUUUUGACGCUCCCCUCCGCCGGCGGCAGGCGGAGGCCGCGGCCCGCGGUGAGGGCGGCGAUGGGCGCGGCGGCGGCGGCGGGCGGGCGCUCCGCGGGGCGCUAAGCGGGCGCUGAGCGGGCGCGGGGCGCGCCAUGGCCGCCAAGGACAACCCUUGCAGGAAGUUCCAGGCCAAUAUCUUCAACAAGAGCAAGUGCCAGAACUGCUUCAAGCCCCGCGAGUCCCACCUGCUCAACGACGAGGACCUCAACCAGGCCAAACCCAUUUAUGGUGGCUGGCUGCUGCUGGCCCCGGAAGGAACGGACUUUGACAACCCUGUCCAUCGCUCCCGGAAAUGGCAGCGUCGGUUCUUCAUCCUCUACGAGCAUGGGCUGCUGCGCUACGCCCUGGACGAGAUGCCAACAACGCUCCCGCAGGGCACCAUCAACAUGAACCAGUGCACGGAUGUGGUGGAUGGGGAAAGCCGAACAGGGCAGAAAUUCUCCUUGUGCAUCCUGACCCCAGAGAAGGAGCACUUCAUCCGGGCUGAGAAUAAGGAGAUCAUCAGUGGGUGGCUGGAGAUGCUGAUAGUCUAUCCAAGGACAAACAAGCAGAAUCAGAAGAAGAAGAGGAAGGUAGAGCCCCCAACUCCCCAGGAGCCUGGUCCUGCUAAGAUGGCUGUGACCAGCAGCAACAUCCCCAGUGCAGAGAAGGUUCCUGCCACCAAGUCCACGCUUUGGCAGGAAGAAAUGAGGGGCAAAGACCAAGCGGAUGGGAGCAGCGGCAUCAGCCCAGCACAGAGCCCAGUACAAGGCCAGGCUGGGGCUGCCAGCUCCCUGAAGGAUUCCGUGCUGGAGAGUAAGGAAGAUGAGAGCUCCAUGAACGGAGACCGAGUAGACUGUGGGCGGAAGACACGUGUUGAGAGUGGCUACUUUUCCUUGGAGAAGACCAAGCAAGACUCGAAGCUGGAAGAGCAGCAGUUGCCACCACCACCCAGCCCACCCAGCCCUAGCACCCCGAACAACAGGUACAGUUAUCCCAAAUCGCCCUCGCAGGAGCAUGCCCAGCCCUUUCCUUCCCCAGGUACCCGAUCAGGCGACCGAAUGGUUCACAGCUUCUCUCUGAACUCCUUGGACUCGAAGAGCAGUUGCCCCAUGCACAAGGACUCCAGCAGCAGAGAUAUAGGAAGGGGAGCUGAAAAAUCGGGGCGUCCCCUUUCUUUUAAAGCCAGCCGGCAGUACACCACCCUGGCCGACGUUCCCAAGGCCAUUAGGAUCAGUAAUCGUGAGGCCUUCCAGGUGGAGAGGAAGCGGCUAGAGCGGAGAACCCGGGCGCGUAGCCCUGGGAGAGAAGAAGUGGCCCGGCUCUUUGGCAGUGAGAGAAGGCGGUCCCAGGUAAUUGAAAAAUUUGAGGCCCUGGAUAUAGAGAACGCAGAGCACAUGGAGACGAAUGUGCCGGGAGGAGCUGCCCUUUCCAGCGAGACGCGGCAGGGCAGGAGCGAGAAGAGAGUUUUCCCGCGGAAAAGAGACUUCACUUGCGAAGGUGCAGCUGUGGGCUCCAUCCUGGAUGUGUCUGCAUCUCCUCUGUCCCCACAUCGCCGGGCAAAGUCGCUGGACAGAAGGUCCACAGAGUCCUCUAUGACGCCUGACCUGCUGAACUUUAAGAAGGGCUGGUUGACAAAGCAGUAUGAGGAUGGGCAGUGGAAGAAGCACUGGUUUGUGCUGACCGACCAAAGCCUGAGAUACUACCGGGAUUCUGUGGCAGAGGAGGCAGCUGACCUGGAUGGAGAAAUCGAUUUAUCCACCUGCUAUGAUGUCACUGAGUACCCAGUUCAGCGAAACUAUGGCUUCCAGAUCCACACAAAGGAAGGGGAGUUCACCCUCUCUGCCAUGACCUCGGGCAUUCGCCGCAACUGGAUCCAGACCAUCAUGAAGCAUGUUCGUCCCACCACUGCUCCUGAUGUAACAAGGAAAAACUUCUCUUUGAAACUAUCCGUGCUGAAGCCCAGCUCCCUGCCGGAGGAGAAGAGUAAAACAAGCUCUUCCUUUGAGACUGGUCCAAAGCCGAGUGAGAAGCCGGAUGCGGAACAGGCUGAGCUGGACCUGGAGCAGAAGCGGAGCCGUGCCCGGGAGCGCCGGCGAGAAGGACGAUCCAAGACGUUUGACUGGGCUGAAUUUCGCCCCAUCCAGCAAGCCUUGGCACAGGAGCGUGCAAAUGCUGCAGACUCCUCCAGGAGUGGCUCUGCUGCCUUCCCAAGGGACACUGGCGCCACCGAUGCCGACUCGGGGGAGCUGGAGAGGGAGCGGGCCCGGCGGCGAGAGGAGCGACGCAAGCGCUUCGAGAUGAUCGAUGCUGUGGACGGGGCAGGGUCGGAAGAAGCAUUAAGGAUGGAGGUGGACCGGAUCCUGCCCAUCCCUACGGACAUCAAACCUCAGAAUGUCCACGUGGAGAUUGAGCAGCGCUGGCACCAGGUGGAGACCACCCCACUGCGGGAGGAGAAGCAGAUCCCCAUCACACCCCUGCACCUUGCCCAUACUGAGGACCGGGAUGAGGGGCUGACGAAGCAGCACUUGACCACAUUGCUGGAGAAGGAGCUGGAGCAGAAGCAGAAAGAGGCCCUGGAGCUCCUGGAGCAGAACCGGCACCUGCAGGACCAGCUGAAAGUGGCACUGGGUCGGGAGCAGAGCGCCCGGGAGGGCUACGUGUUGCAGACCGAGGUGGCCGCCUCGCCAUCAGGGGCCUGGCAGAGGCUCCACAAAGUCAACCAAGACCUCCAAAAUGAGCUGGAAGCCCAAUGCCAGCGUCAAGAGCUGAUCAAUCAGCAGAUUCAGUCACUGAAGCGCAGCUACGCCGAGGCCAAGGACGUGAUCCGUCACCACGAAGCUGAGAUUCAGAGCCUGCAGGCAAGGCUCAGUAACGCAGCAGCAGAGCUCUCCAUCAAAGAACAGACCCUGGCCAAACUCAAGAGUGACCUGAGGAGUGAAAAAGAGAAAGCCAAAGAGCAGCUGGAGGAGUGGCAGCAUGGUGAGGCUGCGCUCAGCUCCCAACUGAAGGCCAGUGAGCAGAAGCUGAAGACCGUGGAGGCUCUGCUCUUGGAGAAGACCCAGGAGCUGCGGGACCUGGAGAUGCAGCAGGCUUUGCAGAGAGACCAUCAGAAGGAGGUGCAGCGGCUGCAAGACAGGAUUGCAGAUCUGAGCAGGCAGCUGAAUGCCAGCGAGCAGACACGGAUCCUGAUGGAGGAGAAGCUGCAGAAGAAUUACGAGGCUUUGCUGGAGAGCUGCGAGAGGGAAAAGCAGGUUUUGAUACGGAGUCUGAAGGAGGUGGAGGAGAAGGCCAAUGAGUACGAGAACCAGCUGCAAAACAGCGAGCAGCAAAUGGAGAUUCUGCAGAAGGAGAAGCUGAGUGCAAAGUUUGAAGGCAGUGAGCUUGUCCACCAGCUGGAGGAGCAGCUGAUGAUGAAGGAGGCCAGCAUUCAGAAACUGGCAGAGCACAUCAAGGAGCUGGAAGGGGAGCGAGAUCAGAUCAAAUGUCGGUUCCAUGAGCUCAUGAAUCAGGUUGCUGAGUCAGAUAAUGAAGUUGCAAAGCUACAAGCAAAGUUGAAAAUGGAAGAGACCAACUACCGCAAUCUGGAGCAGUCAUUUGAGGAGGUGUCAGAUCAGUUCCAGGGUGUGCAGAAGGUGCUGAAAGAAAAAGAGGAAGAGCUGAGACACGUUAAAGAAAUGCACUUAAGAAUUGUGGAGAAGAAAGAUCAAGAUCUCAGCGAGGCUUUUGUUAAAAUGGUUGCUUUAGAUAAUAGUUUAGAGGAGACUAAAGUAAAGCUAAAUGCCAAGGAGGAGGCUUUAAAGAAAUUAGCUGCUGUAGGCACAGGUCCAUGUGCUGAGGAGGCAGAAGAUCUUGGCCCCAAUCUGGAGGCUGACGAAAGUCAUCCAUCCCAAAUGGGGCAGCCUCUGCAAACUCAGGAUGUCCUCCCAGCUCUGACUUACGCACUGAAGGAGGAGGAGGAUGAGGUUCUUGAGACCAGCCAGAGGCCAGUGGAGGAAUUUGGCUCCCCAUCCAAAGCUGUAGAACUCCAGGACCAAGAGUUGGUUCAGAAAGCCUUAGCAAAGCCUGAUGUAGGAGUCAUGGGGGCCAAGAGGCAGAGAAUCCGUUUUUCUAGCAUCCAGUGCCAAAAAUACAUCCAUCCAGAUGGAUCGGAGAAAAACUGGACAAGCAGCACCUCUUCAGACACCAGCCAAGACAGAUCUCUGUCUGAAGAAAGCAUGUCAUCAGAGACAGCUCUUGGUUACCCAUCAUCAGGAGCAAGUGACUCAGAGACUUACCUCUCAAUCAUCCAUUCCCUGGAAACCAAGCUGUACAUUACAGAGGAGAAGCUGAAAGAUGUGACGAUGAAGCUUGAAAGCCAGCACGGCCACAAUCAGGAGACACUCAUCGCCCUUCACCAUCAGUGGGCCAGCACAGAGUCCCAGCUGCGGGAACAGCUUCAGACCAGCUUGUCCCAAGUCAAUGCUUUGAUCUCCCAGCUGGAGAGUGAGAGGCAGGAAAAGUUCAAGCUCAUAGAGAACCACGUUAGUGAGCUGGGAGGUUUCCAAAUGAAAAACAAUCAAGCACUGACUUGCUUGGAGAAGUGCAGGGAGCAGCUGAGAUCUUUGCCCCAAUCAGACAAGGAAAGAGAGGGAGAUUUGUUCCUUGUCACUCUGUCCAGCAUGGAAACAACCUUAUCAAAUGCAAUCCAAGCCUUGAGUGGGACGCCAGUCCCCUCAGAGUAUCAGCAGAGUGACAGCCUUAUCGUGGAGAGCCCCACUCCUGAAGGAGAUUUUUUGGGAGAAGAGGAGCAUGUCUCCAAGGAGCAGCGAGGAGAAGGGUUUGAUGCCAGCCAGCUGAGGUGGCUUUCGGAGAGAGUGGCAUUUGAAGCCUCUCUUAUCAGCCUCAUAGCUGAGUCACUGAAAAAUGCAAGCUCUGAGAUAUCUCAGCUUUUAAGAGAGAUCCAGGGGACGGCUGAGGUGGUUUUGAUGGAGCCAGCAAAUGUUUCUCAUACAGCAGUUGACUUGGCCAGCAUCCUAUCUAAGAAGCUGCUCCUGGAAGGUGAGUUCUGGAGCCAGGUGGAGGAGCUGAGAGUGCACUUGAGCAGAGGAGAAGGAGAAGCCGAAGGCAAAACAGAAACAAAAGGUUUGGGCUUUUCUCCAUGUUUUCUCAGCGCUGUAGCAGAUGCUACCUUGGUCAAAGCAGAACUUGGGUUUGUUGCACAGAAAAUGAGAGAAUCUUUUCAUCAGAGGUUAAAAACGAUUGAAGAAGACCUCCACAAUACCAAAACAGCUCUCCAGCAGCAUAAGUGCAUGUUGGAGGAGAUCAUCAAAGCGUACAGGACUCCUGAUUUUGACAGAGUUAUGCAUCAGAUUUCUGAGGCACUUGAAAUUCAGAAAGAUGCUUCGGAAAGAACCCAAAUCUCCUGGGAUGGGAGCUGUCUCCAGAUGGUACCGCAUCAGGAAUUAGUGAAGGCGGAGGAGAUUGGCAGCUUGCCGGACCGUAGUAGUGAAGCUCUUGUUUCCAUUCAGGAAGACCUUGCCCAACAGCUAAAGGACAAAUCAAAUGUUCUGAAGGAGAUAUCUAUUGCCUUACUCUCUCUGCCUCCUGAGGAGGCAAUGAGAGACUGUCAGAAGCUCCUGAAGAUAUCCCAGAGCCUUUCUUAUCAUUCCUGCAUGGCAGACCUUGAACGGUACUCCUCUCUGUUAGUCCACGAUGCAAUUGUCCAGGCUCAGGUUUGUUACGCCGCUUGCAAAGUCCGACUGGAGUACGAGAGAGAGAUGAAGUCCUACAAGGAGUCCUUGCAGAGCAUGGAUGCGCUGUGCCAGGAGCGCGUGAAGACCGUCGCCCUCCUUCGGGACGAGUACGAGGACUUGCUCAGGAAGCAGCAGGGUGAGUACAGCGAGGUGAUCGCCAUGCUGGAAAGGGAGAACGCCGAUCUCAAAGCCAAGGUGUCCCAGCUGGACAGUCAGCGCAGGCUGCUGGAGGAAGAAGAGCAAAAACACAGCAAGAGCUUGAGCGAGUUACAGGGCCGGUACGAGGAGGAGAUUCGGAACGUGAUAGAGCAGCUGAACAGAACAGAGGAUGCUCUGAAGGCUGAGAGGACAGAGGGCCUCAACCAGCUGGAUGCCAUUGUUCGUGACAAGCAGAACAUGGAGCGGUAUCACCUGGAGCAGAUGCAGAUGCUAGAGGACAAGUUCCAGGCCAAGAUAAAGGAGCUGCAGGUCAUCCACAGCGAGGAGCUGCAGGCGCUGCAGGAGCACUACACCCAGAACCUGCAGCGCCUGCAAGAGACCCUCGACGAAUACCAGAGGCUGCACCCAGAGGUGUCCCCCACGGCAGGCCCGGGCAGUGGGGAUGCUUGGGUGGCCGGUGAGGCAAGUGACACCAGGCAGGGUCCCAGCGGCGACCUGGACUCCAUGCAUGGGCUGAGGGAACGCAUCCAGGAGCUGGAGGCCCAGAUGAAUGUCAUGAGGGAUGAGCUGGAGCACAAGCAUCUGGAGGGGAAUGCUUCCACCUUGAGAGAAAAAUACCAGAAAGACUUUGAAAACUUAAAGGCAACAUGUGAAAGAGGCUUUGCAGCCAUGGAGGAGACGCACCAGAAGAAGAUUGAGGACCUGCAGCGGCAGCACCAGCGGGAGCUGGAGAAGCUGCGGGAGGAGAAGGACCGCCUGCUGGCAGAAGAAACAGCUGCCACCAUUUCAGCCAUUGAAGCCAUGAAGAAUGCACACCGGGAGGAGCUGGAGCGAGAGCUGGAGAAGUCUCAGCGCUCCCAGAUCAGCAGCGUCAAUGCUGACAUUGAAGCACUCCGAAGGCAAUACUUGGAGGAGCUGCAGUCGGUGCAGCGGGAGCUGGAGGUGCUGUCGGAGCAGUAUUCGCAGAAGUGUUUGGAGAACGCCCACCUGGCGCAGGCGCUGGAGGCUGAGAGGCAGGCCCUCCGCCAGUGCCAGCGGGAGAACCAGGAGCUCAAUGCCCACAACCAGGAGCUGAAUAACCGCCUGGCUGCGGAGAUCACACGAUUGCGGACCCUGCUGACCGGGGAGGGUGGGGGGGAGGCUGCUGGAUCGCCUCUCACGCAGGGCAAGGAUGCCUACGAGCUGGAGGUCCUGCUGCGGGUCAAAGAAUCAGAAAUCCAGUACCUGAAGCAGGAGAUCAGCUCCCUCAAAGACGAGCUACAGACAGCACUGAGGGAUAAGAAGUACGCCAGCGACAAGUACAAAGACAUCUACACGGAGCUGAGCAUCGUGAAGGCCAAGGCAGACUGUGAUAUCAGCAGGUUGAAAGAGCAGCUGAAAGCAGCCACAGAAGCUCAGGGAGAGAAGUCCCCUGUGAAUACCACUGUAUCGGGAUAUGAUAUUAUGAAAUCAAAAAGCAACCCUGAUUUCUUGAAGAAAGACAGAUCCAGUGUUAGCCGGCAACUAAGGAAUAUCAGGUCAAAGUCCGUUAUUGAGCAGGUCUCAUGGGAUAACUGAAAUGAACCCGAGUCCAGGUUCCCUGCCACGUAGAGUCUGAAGGAAGGCCUGACUGUGCAAGAACGCCUGAAGCUUUUUGAAUCCAGGGACUUGAAGAAAGACUAGUUCUCCCCGCUCCGCUUGACCACGCGCACCUCCCAGCUUGAGGCAGCACAGCACCAGCACCGUUUGUCUCUCCUUCCUUACGACUGUCCUUGCUGUCGUUCGUCUUGAUGCCCCCAUGGGACCCGGCGCCACGGUGGUGGUGACCCCCCCCCUGCCAUCCCCUCACCUCCCCGGCUCCGUUCCCUGCUUGUGAGAUGCUCCAGAGACUCUGAGAAGGAGAGGAGGGGUGGGGUUUUGGACCCUCUCUUCAGCGCUUUGUAGGAGAAUCCUUCCUUGACUGUAACCCAUUACACUAAGUGUCAGUAUUAAGGCUCAGCAGCCUGUUAAUAAGCUAGCCUGUCAUACCAACCAGCCUUGGUAUGCAAGCAGGGCCUGGGUGGUAUCAGCCAGACCGAGCUCUUACUGCUGUCAGAGACCCAGUGCUCAGAGCACACCAGGAGCCUAAUCUAACCGUUGAUCUCAGUUGCAUUACUUGCACCUACCGGGGGGGAAAGCCUGGGGGAAGCUGUUGGGGAGCUCAAGCCCGUGCCGGCGUACGCAGCCCGGAGGCACCGCACUGACGUCUCGCUGGCGAAGGAUGCAAGAAACGAUUCUUCUGUGCCGUGUCCUGAAUGUAGGCGCUGCCGAAGCCCGGCCAGCUUUGGUGGCUGCCCAGGUGGUUGUGGAUAGGGAGCUGCAGAUCCUCGCAUGCGCCGUCGGGCUGCCUCCCGCCUCGCCGGUGGUCGCAGUCGGUGUUUGGGGCGGGGUGGGGUGGGGGCGAGCUGUAAGAUCACUUUCUUGCCUCUGUUAGAUCAAGCCCAGCACUCUCUUUGUUUUGGUUUGGUUUUUUUUUUCCUGCUGUUACUCCCUUCCUCUCAUUGAGUCCCGUGUAUCCCAGGGUCUGUGCGCAUGUGAAACUCCCUUUUCCUAGUCAAAGGAAAGUAGAGUAGAAAGUAGAGCCAAUAUUGACUGAAAAUGCACAGUGCUCAAUGCAUAUAAUGCUCCUUUUUUAUCAGCUUCUUGAAUUCGACUCUUCUUGUCAGCAGGGCAGCUCCUAUUUUAAUUCUUUAAUCUUUUUUUUUUUUUUUUUUCCUGAAAUAAAAGUCUCAAAACCAGUUUGUGCUUCAGACCUUCUCAGUCCCAAGAGCUUGUGGCUUUAAAGCAGACCGCUUAGCACUGGUCAACAGAUGCAAACUAGGAGCUGAGGGAGCUGGUAGCACUAGGUGCAGCAUGAGGCCAGCCAAGCAGAGGCUGUCCUCCUAGAAGAAACGUGUGCUGCUUUGCAGCAGGGUUGCCCACACAUGAUGGCUUCAACCCAGGCUAAAUUUCAAGGUGCCAUUUGUGAAGAUCCUUCACCUCGUGGUCCUGCCUGGCCAAUGGCCCUGGCUGAGAGCAAGGCUGAAGCAGUGCUCUGGCAUGUUGGCUUCCCGGCCUAGUUUAGCUGCUGAAGGACUCAUUUCACGUCAGAAUGGAUUGUUAAAGACAUGUCCUGGCAAAGCUUUCUCUUGUCGUUUGGGUGCUUAGCAGCUCUGUGUGCUUUCAUGUCUGGUUUUGGGUCUGCUAGGCAGGUGGUAUGAGCACAGGUCUCAGGGACAACUCUCACUGCAGGGCUGGGGACAGCCAUCUCCAGUCCUGCUAGGCUGAACUAUGGUGGGUGCUGAAGAGGUCAUCCCCCCUCUUGGGGCAGCAAGUGUCUGUUUCAGCCACCAGACCCUCUGCAGGAGAUGGCAUCAUCUAACCAAGAUGUAAAUCAGGCUUUUGUCCAGCUUGUGUGGCCUUGCCAUGGCUGAGUGCUUGGUUUGACACCUUGGGGCAGUGCAUGGCAGCCUAGAAGCGCCACUUGACCCCAGCCAGGAUGCCAGCACUGUGCAGUAGGCAGAGCAUGUAUACGGAUGCUCUGCUGCUGCCAUGCUUUGUAUUCUGUGCCAAGGUGUAUAUGGAGUCCUGGAGAUAGGAGCAGGGUAGGAAAACUGCUCAGCCACUUGUAUGAAGGUUUCCCUCAUCAUCAGGCAUGUGCUCUCCAAGACGUUUGCUGAGCUCACCAUAGUGCUUUCCAUAGUCAGAGGGUGUUGAAGGACCUUUCUUAUGCCCCCUAGCAAAUUCUGCUUUGCCUUUGUGCACUUCAUUUGCUCAGGAGCACUCCUUUUAAGCAUGAGGACUAAAAGCUAUGUACUUUGCACAUCAUUGCUGUGGAACACACAAGACAAUCCCUUUCUGGUACAGGCUCAUGCCACUGAACAUCUUGAGGCUCCUCGCAGAGCUGUGUGCUUGCUUACAGCAAGAAAUCCUCUCUUGCUUCUUAAUGUCCUGCCUGUGAGUAGGAGUUGAGCCUGAUGAGUAAGAAGGCUUCCUUUCUUUACCAGUGCUCCUGCUUUGAGCCUUAUUUCUUAACACAGAGAGCAGCUGGGUAAGUGGAAGGCAGAAAAUCACUGCAGCAUGCUGGCAAAGUCACUUGGGUGCUGGAUAGUGCAGGAAGGCAGAAGAAGGUGCAGUAAAAAUGCAGUGUCAGAGGGAGCUGAGCAAAGCAGGUGGAUGCUGAAGGCAGGGAGGGCCCAGAGAUGGUGCAUUCUGCUUGUGCUCAGGUGCUGAAUUGCCCUGUGAGGAGAGGGGGGGCCUCAGUGUGCUUAUGUAUACUCAUAAGAUGUUGGGAGGGGGGAAAUCAACCAGGAACACCUGUGUAGCUCUUGCUCCUCUUCUGUAGCUGUGCUUAUCCACUAAGCAAGGGACUGUCUGCAACUUUUGGGCCACUUGUGUCCAGUCCUCACCCAGGGUGGUUUGCCCCUGCUCACUGAGGCACUGCCGGGGAUCCAGCACUGGCAAAAAUGAAGCUGGAUUCUCUCCUCUCUCCCUCUCCUCUCCUUUGUUUUUGCCUUGUACAGACCAAUGUCAGUCACCUUCACCAUCCCUGAGACAGCUGUAAAAGGAUUUGACUGGAGGUUUGCUAGGGCACCUGUAAGAACAGGGUCAGAGCCAUGGGGUCUACUGCUCAGUGGUACUGGUCAGCUUCUCUGGAGCUUCAGCUAGCUGGCUUGGUGGGGUGAAAAAACAACCCCCGGCACUGACUCCAGGUGUAGCUGCAAUAAAGUGUGUUGGAUGGCAGGAGGACAGCUGCAGGGAACAUGGCAAUGCCUAACAAGCCAGAGCAGUUAUGUCUGAACUUCGUGGGUUUAAAAUCUCUGUCUCUAAGCAAAGAGGGGUUAUGAGCAUAGUGGUGGUGGUCUCACAGACUGUAGCUUGGAGGAGCAGCCAUGUUCCUUUGGGCAGUCAAGCUUCUUGGAAAACUCAGCCUGGCUCUGCUGUACCUAAGGUGCUUCAGAGGGUGAGCAGUGGCCUCCUGACAUCAUCAGGAUCAACCUCACCCUUUGGGGCAACACUUUACCAGGUGGGAAUGCUGCAUGUGAUGUCCUGUGGUAGUAGCUAGGAGUUCUGGAGGGUCAUAGAGUAGAGGAGAAGUAGGUGGGAAGACUGUUGUGGUAUUUCUGAACCAUUGCUUGUGAUGUUUCUGAACCAUUGCUGCAGGCCAUGCUCCAGGCUUCAGGUUCUCUGCUUGCAGCCUGGAAAGUAAGCAUGUUGCCAAAGCAAGAGGCAGUACCUUGUCUUUAGAGAGAGAGAGAGAGAGCGCAAGCCCCUGCAGCACCAAUAAACAGCUGGAAAUAGAACUAGUUCUGGAGUGCAGUGCUUUCCCAUAAGGUGAGGAGCAGCCCUCUGUGAAGCUUGUCACUGAUAGCAACGGUCCUUAGCUUCAUCCCUCUCCAAGUAGAAAUUAGAGGCUAUUUAAAUUAGGAAGUGUGGAGGCAUAGGGAGCAGAAUGCAAGCUCCCUGGCUACACUGCAGGCUUGCAGAGUCCAGCCACACCAUCUGCCUGCAUGACAUGGCCUCAGCCACGGCCUUCACUUUUUGGUGUGGUCCAUGUGCCUGCUGUGCACGCCAGGGUAGGACUUUGAGGUCGGGGGGGUGCUCCUGCUUCACAACGCUCCCCAGUGAGAUGCAAGCUGCUGCCUUCUCCACCAUGCCACAGUAGUGACAGUACUGAAAUGGGGCAGGGGGAGGCUAGGAAAGUUCAAGUGUAAUGAAGGUGAAACUACAGGCACAUUACAAUGACUCUGAGUAGUUUUUGUUCUUCCCUGCAUGAAAUUUUCCUACCCUUUGCACCAUCUCCUCUGAAACAGCCCCAACCCUUCUUUAAAUGGCACCUUUGCUUUGCCUGUAUGUAAAACAAUGCAGCCAAUUGUGUUUGCUUGCUCCACAGCAAGCCUGGUGCCGCUGCCUUGCAAACAGAAGAGUCUCUUUGCUUUGCUCCGUAUCAGAGGUGGCUGGGGCUGCAUUGGAGAACUUUUAGUACCAGCUCUAGACCUCUUGCACUGCCACUUGGCAUUGUUAUGGUUGUGGUUUGUCUCCAGCACUUGGCAUGUUGCAGACCCUUUGUCACCCUUUGCUGAUCCUCUCUAGUAUUUCCCUUUUUUGUGGUUGGUUUCUUUUUAAAGAGGAAAAGCUUUGUUAUCCUUCUCUUUUCUCAAAGCAAUGUCAGACCUCUAUAGCAUUCCAGGCAGGUCAUGUAUAUAUUUAUUACUCAGAUAUUCGUGCAGGGCUCUUUUCUUUUUGUGACCAAGUCAUGGAUUUGAUUGUUUUUUUUCCCACUGGUGUUCUAACACAGAUGUCCCAGGUGUGGGUUGGAAGAGGAGAACCAAGUGUCCUGUGUCCAGCCCACUGGGGUUUGGUGACCAUUAGAAAUAACGUUUUCUGCUGAUCCACACCUUUAGGUUUGAAGAUACCUGCCCAAAGAUUGUGUACAGUCUGUUUGAGACCUGUCACCUUACCCUGUGACAAACCCAGGGUUGUUUCUCCAUUCAGAGAAGGCUGCAGCAUUGCCUUGGGUGGUGGCGCUGGGCACUGUGUUGGUGUGAAGUGCUACCUGCCAGCGCACAGACCGCACACAGCUCUCCUUGCGAGGCAGUUGCAGAGGGUGCAGCCAGCCCCUGGCUCUGGGAGGCACUGGUGUAGUGCUGACACUGGCACCUUCAUUGCAUUGAAAAUGCUCUGGACUUCACAAGGGACCACCAGACCCCACUGUACCGACAGGUGUCCUGCAGCAGCGCAGUGUGUAACUCCAAACAGCACUUCCAGACCAACCUAGUCACUGCUGACCUGAACUUACACGAUCCUGUAAGAGAAGCCAUUCCUUACAAGCAGAUCCAACGUACUGCUGCAGGAGCAGGGAGCACUGGGCUGGAAACAAGGCAGGAGUCAGCCCCAGCAGCUCGUUCUGCCUUGCUCUGAGGUCCCUAAAAGAAACCAAGCAAAGACCAGAGCCAGAGAAGUUGGUACCAACUAACCUAAAGCAGCUGAGCACAAACUCUUAACUGAUGAGUGCAAGCACAUUUUUUCUUCAUGCUUUCCUCACACGCUGCCUGUGCAGGACACUCACUCCUUGUUCUAAAACAGAGACAGCAAAUCAUGUUGUAAAAUACUAAAGACCACUAAGUAGGAAGUAACUAUGACUAGCACAGUGUUUGACCUGUGUCCACCCUCCCAGGACCUGGAGUUCUGGAUCAGUUGAGAUGGUUUUUAAAAACACGUUUAUUUGAAAGUGUGAAGUUCUGAGGAGAGAGAAAAGGAAGCUCUGGAGCAGCACCGCCCUCCAGGUACUGAUGGCCAGUUCUCCUCCACCUCGCUACGGAGAACAGAAAGCUUGGCUUAGUGCCUGAGCACGGCCAGUGACUGAAGGGGACACAUUCUGGAUUCAAACCACACACCCCCCACGCUCUGCAGCACGGACUCUGGAGAUGGCCCAAAGGAAUUGUGAGGAGUGAGGACACAGGAGUCAGCUCCCGGUGCCUGUGAUGAUGUGAUGCGGUGGCCAGCGCUGCGCCUCCCCUCCCUGCGAUGUGACAAAGCAGCAGCAGAGCAGGAUGCUGCAGCCUCGUGGCGACUGGAAACCCCUGCGGCUCAAACCCAGGCGUGAUCACAGCUGGGUGCUGCGGAGGAAGCAGAGUUGUCCUCAAGCCCUGUCCACCCAUAGGACAAACAGCCUCUUUUCAGAGGCAUUUUCCAUGUAGAUUAGUCCAGGGAAUAACAUCUCACGUGAGAUUCUCCCUCUGCAAAGGGAGCUGGAGACUCCUGGCAGGUGGAGACUCAAAUGGGUGUUGGAGACUCCUGUUUCUGAGUAGGUGUGAGUUCCUCUCUCCUUCCCUUCUCCCUCCCACUCCAGUUUAUUUCAGUGCUUUUUUUGAGAGCCGCUGCUGCCAACCAACUGUUCACUGUAACAGAAAUGUCACUUUCUCCUCACAGUAUUUAUUCCUUACAAACUCUGGUGUGACAUGCUAGGUUCCCGUGGAUGUAGCUGAUCAUUUCUAUUUUGUAAAUAUAAUGACCUAACUUUACAUUAACUGUAUGGUAAUAAACUAUUUUUGCACCACCCUU